AUGUCACGUGCAUCACGUCAUGAAUGCGCUGUCGUGCGCCCGCGCUGCCGUGCCCACCCUCCGGCAGUUGCGCUCGUACCGUACGGCGGAUGGACCAGCCGGAGCCUGGUCGAUUACUUCAUCACUUUUUCCAACGACGUGCUGGGCGCCCUCGGCGCCGACAUCGAGUACCUGGUGACCUUCAACGAGCCGACUAUCUUUAUCAUGCUCACGCACUGCUCAGGCAUAUGGCCUCCGGGCCCUAAGAAGUCUACGGCUCAGGGUCUCCAGUGCCUCACGCCCGUUGUCGGCGACUACGCUCGUGCCAUUGCGAACAUCGAAGCCGCGCACCGAGCGGUUUACAGAAGCUUCUCGAACACAGACCUUCAGAUCGGCGUGGCCCACAACGUCGGGUUCAACGUGGCCGAGCACGUCUGGGACGAGGCGGCGACGGCGGUGGCCAAGGCGCUGCUCAAGUUCUCCUUCAUCGACUCGAUCAAGGACUCGCUCGACUUUUGCGGCCUCAACUAUUACGGCAAGGAGAUCACCCGGGGCGGCUCGGUGGCCAUCCGGGACGACGAGGAGUACUCCGAGUCGGGCCGCGUGGUGUAUCCGGCUGGGCUCUACCUGCUCCUCAAGGACUUCCACGACCGCUACCGGAACGACGCGCGCUCAACCAUACAGCGCUAUAUCAUCACCGAGAAUGGCAUUUCGGACGCGAGUGACGUGAUGCGGCCAGCCUACAUCAUCGAGCACCUCCUCGCGGUCGCGCAGGCGCGGCGGGAGGGCGUUCCCGUCGCGGGCUACUUGCACUGGACGGUGAUCGACAACUGGGAGUGGGCAGACGGCUACUGCCCAAAGUUCGGCCUCGUCGAGGUUGACCGCCUCAACGACCUUCAGAGGCGAAAGCGCCCAUCCUUUCACCUCUACCGCCAAAUCGCAACAUCGCGGCGCAUCACCGGCGCGCAGCGGCAAGAGGCGUGGCGCGCCGUGAAGAAUGCGGCCGAGACGGGCGCAUCGCACCUCUUUUGCCGAGCCAGCGAUGGCCAGACGGGCCUGGACGAGCCGGUCCCACGGCCCUUCUCGGCCAAGGACUGGCGCUUUGACGCGAGGCAUCUCCACGAGGAGUGGCAGUGGCCCUUCGGGGCCGAGAAGCUGAGCGAAAAGUGGUGGUUCAGCUCGGAUCCGCCCAGGCCCUAG